UGCUGCAGAUUUACUUUAACAUUCCUAUUCCUCCAAGUCUGUUCUGCUUUAUAUUACUGCAAGCUGUGCUUAAAGACAAGAAAAGAAGUGGCUUAUUAAAAUAAGGUUAUAAUCAGAUUUUGACCAACCAUUUUGCAAGGUUACCGGCAUUAUCACGGACAUGAAACACACAGGUCAUUACCUGCACCUUGCCUUUCUGAUGACAACAGUUUUUUCUUUGUCUUCUGGAAUAAGAACAAACUAUACCCAUCUGGGGGCUAACAACACUACUGUCUGGGAUCCAGAUAUUCAAAAUAAGACAGGCAGAAACCAAAACGAAAACAGUAACACAAACUCUGCAACUCCUCAAGUAGAUAAAAGGAGCAAGUCUACAAACAUGCCUGAAAUAGCAGCAUCGCCUCACAUCACAUCUUUCACCCCUAAAUCUGAACUGGAGCUUUAUACACCUUCAGUUGCUAGGAACAGUGCUCCGACAUUACAGAGCAUCGAAAACACAAGCAAAAGUCACAGUGAAAUUUUCAAAAAAGAAGCCUGUGAGGAAAACAACAACAAAAUGGCUAUGCUAGUUUGCUUAAUUAUAAUUGCAGUGCUUUUUCUUAUCUGCACCCUUCUAUUUCUAUCCACAGUGAUUCUGGCAAACAAAGUCUCAUAUCUCAGGCGAUCAAAACAAGUAGGCAAGCGCCAGCCUCGAAGCAAUGGCGAUUUUCUGGCAAGCAGCGGUCUAUGGCCUGCUGAAUCAGACACUUGGAACAGAGCAAAACAGCUCACAGGGCCCAACCUAAUGAUGCAAUCUGCUGGAGUGCUCACAGCUACAAGGGAAAAAAAAGAUGAAGAAGGAACUGGAAAACUCACUAACUAACAGAUGCUUUAGUGAAGAAAAAUGCAAAGUAGCAAUGGGAAACGUUAGGAAGUAAAAAUGAAGUCAGUUUUAUAUUUAAUGUCAACAUGUUGGACUGAUGAUCUAAAAUUUUACACGGCAGGCCUUGCAAUUUAGAAUUAAGCAGGUGAGAAGGGGAGACGUAUGCCUGCUUACUUAAUUACUUAAACGGUGUACUUUUGUCCUGACACUGAAUGUUUUAAAAAGCAGAUAAUAAAACAACCAAAAAUGUAAGGAAGAUUUUAAAGACAAAUUGAAGAAACUGACUAAUAGAAAUUGACAAUUAAAUAUUUCUUGUUCAGCAAUAGUAGUUAGAUGAUCUUUGAAAAUAAGUAAACUUUUGAAUAGUUUUACUGUGUCCUUAGAGGCAAAUAUAUGCUUCAACAUCUAACAGAAUUCAAAUUUCUAACUGUAUAGUUUAAUGGUACCUUCCUUUGCUGAAUGUGACAAAAAUCCCUACCAGCUCUUAAAUCAACACAGCUAAUUUUAUGCUAGAUGUUUUCAUCUUUAUAUAUGACAAACAUAAGAAAAUGUUUUUCUACUAUAAAUAUUUAAUUAAAACUUUUAAUUUUGUAUAAUAAAUUAAGACUUUGUUAGAAUAAAA